AUGUUAAAACCCUUGACUCAGGAUGCACCGAAGGACGCCGCUUGGAUAAGUUCGAUCGGGAAUCUCAAAUGUAAAAAUAUCUCCGAUAUUGCGCUUCUUCUAAAGUCUUCCGAUUCUAUUGUCCACAAUCUUUGCCAUGCAUACGACGUGUGUGUGUAUCAUAAGGCUUCAUCUAGGCCGUCCAAUUUCUUCCUUGCGCUUCGUAAAUGGUACCCUUCUUUUCAGCCAGAGAUGGAGUUUCGUUGCUUUGUGUUGAAUAAACUCCUUGUGGGGAUUUGUCAAAGGGAAGUGACCAACUUUCAUCCUACUCUUGUUGAAAGGAAAAGUCAUUUAAAAGCUAUGAUUUUGGACUUUUUUGUGGAGGAAGUGAAGGGGAAAUUUGGGUCGGAGAGUUUUACGUUUGAUGUUUAUGUCACGAAAGAUGGGCGGGUUAAGGUAUUGGAUUUCAAUCCGUGGGGUGGUUCGACUCUCACGUUGAUGUUUAGUUGGGAUGAAUUGGAAGAUGAGUCGAGAGAAGGUGAUGAAUUCGAAUUGGAUUUUAGGAUUGUGGAGAGUAGAUGUGGUAUUCGACCGGGUUUGAAAACUGCACGUUAG